AUGGAGAGAAAGAAGAUUAAAGAACUCACCAAGCAACUUGAGGGGUUCGAUCUGAAAGCCCUUGAGUUGCAGGCACAAUUGGAUGAUCAAAAUUCAGAAUUCAGGAAGGGUAACAUAAGUCUCAAAGAUUCUGAAGAUAAUGUAUAUGGUCUGAAGACUCAACAAAGGGAGUUCAAAGAGCUUAAUAAAACCUUCAUCUGUGUUAUUCCUAAGGUGAAGGCACCAGAGAGUGCGGACAACUUCCGCCCUAUAAGUUUGUGUAAUAUUGCCUUUAAAAUCAUCACUAAGCUUAUUGCAGAAAGGUUGAAUGGGGCACUGGACCAGAUUAUCUCACCAGUAAAGUCAUCUUUCACUCCUAAUAGGCUCAUCUCUGAUAACAUUUUGGUAGCCCACGAGAUGUUCCACUACAUCAAAAAGCAAAAGAAGGGGAAAGACAAGUUCCUUGCUCUGAAGCUCGAUAUGCGCAAGGCAUAUGAUAGGUUGGAGUGGAACUUUAUCGAAGGUAUGCUACUUAAGUUGGGGUUCAGAGGUUCUUGGGUCCACCUGGUGAUAACUUGCAUUACAUAUGUAUCUUACAACUUGCUUGUGAAUGGUUAUGUCAAGGGUGCCAUUUCUCCCUCUAGAGGGAUCAAACAGGGUGACCCUAUCUCUCCUGUGAUCUUUAUCUUAUGCUCCCAGGCCCUUACCAUUGUCAUCAGACAAGCCGAAUUGGUGGGUACCAUUAGAGGAGUCAGGGUUCGACAUAGAGGGGAGCCUGUGACUCAUCUUCUUUUUACUGAUGGCUGUUUAUUGUUUGGAAGAGUGGAUUUGCAGGAAAUAAAUGCUUUGAGUGACUGUCUGGAUUUGUACUACAACGCCACAGGGCAGGCCAUAAAUUUUCACAAAUCCAAUCUUACCUUUAGUCCUAACACUCAUGAUAGAAUCAAGAGGUGGUUUUCAAGGAUUCUCAAGGUCAGACAUGGAGAUGGUCUUUCAAAGUAUCUGAGUCUACCCAAUCAAUUUGGUGUGUCUAAGAAGGAGGUCUUUAAUGAUAUUAAGGAGAGGACUCUUAACAGACUGCAGGGUUGGAAAGGAAAGCUGUUAUCACAUGCAGGUAAAGAAGUCCUUUUGAAGCCUGCUGUGGCCCCAAUGGCAAACUUUGCUAGUUCCCACUUUAAGCUUCCUUCCUCCUUUCAUGAGGCGGUGAAGAAAGCUUCUGCCAGGUGGAUACCUUCACUUCAAAAUUUUAAGCUGCAAACCCCCAAACCGGAUGGGUAUGACAUCUUGAAGGUAGCAGAUCUCAUUGAUCCUGUAUCUCAAAGAUGGAAUCUUAACUUGAUUCAAUCCCUCUUCCACCCUACUGAUGCAGCCGCUAUUAUUAACAUCCCCUUAAGUAUCUACCCCGGAGAAGACAAGAAAAUUUGGGGGGUCUCAAAGGAUGGUCAGUUUAGUGUAAAGUCUGCAUACCGUCUGCUGGCUAGGAAAGAAGAGGAAAAUGUUUGGAGUAAAGCUUCUACGUCUAGGUCUCGACAGCGGGAGCACAUUCCAGAUGUGGUGUGGAAUCGUAUUUGGGCCAUCCAAACCCUCCCAAAAAUUAAACUUUUUCUUUGGAGGACUUGCAAUGAAGCUCUGGCCAUAGGUGCAGGCCUAAUUUCUCAGCAUGUAAACAUUGAUCCCAGUUGCUCAACAUGUGGAGUUUCUCCAGAAUCAGAGGACCAUAUUUUGUUCGACUGCCCUUUCGCAUGUAACGUGUGGUUUGGAAGUCCUCUCCAGUUUUCCCCUCUAGAUGAUAUGCCUAACCUAGUUGAUUGGAUCCAAGGUUGGGACUUCUGGUUUAAGAAGGAUAAAAGAAUUGCUCAAGAAUCCCUUUCUAGAGCGUCCUUCAUCUGUUGGUACUUGCGGCAGGCUAGGAAUGACUUUGUUUUUAAUGGGAAGGAUUGGACUCCAUCUGAGGUCAUCCUUGUAGCUGAGAAGGCUUUUCUGGAGUUCUUUGCAGCAAACCAAAGGCCAGGAGAUCUUUCUGGAUUCAGCUAG